UAAUUAAGAUAUAUACCUUUCUCUCUCCUUCAUAUCUUCCCUCUUUUCUCUAUCAACCAUCACAUUUUACCUGCCGUUUUCUCUCUUCUUCUACUUGACUUCCAAAAUGGAGAAGCUACCGAGUGUAAAACUUGAAAAAAGGUCACAAAAAACCAGCAAGAAAAACCCAGUUAAAGUUGUUUACAUCUCUAAUCCUAUGAAGAUCAAGGCUACCCCAUCUGAAUUCCGAGCAGUGGUGCAACAGUUUACCGGUAGAUACGCUAUCUCCCCACCACCAGGAGCACUUACCGGAGUUCCGGAGAGAGACCACGAAGUAGGUAGCCUCGGUGCUCAACAGAAGUGGCAACUUAUAAAUCGUGCGAGUAUUGAUGCACAGUUAACUGUUGCUGGAUCGGAUCCUUCUCAUGAAUCUGCUUGUCGAGAAGAUCAAGUCUCGGAUGAUUUGAUAAUUACGCCUCAGAUGCUUGAGAGUUUUUCCCCACUGUUCCCUAAUGACUUCGGAUCUUGAUCCAGUGAUCAUGUAUUAAUUCGUUUCAUAAAUUGUCAAGAAUAGUAAAUGGGUGUACGGUAAGUCUUUUUACCUGAUCUCGGAUGCUUUGAAGAUGUAUAUGUUCAUAUGUUGGUUAAAUAAGUUAAUAUGUCAUGAUCAAACUUAUAAGUGAAACGACAAUAAUAAGAGUUGAUUAUGCAAAUUUAAAGAUCUUAA